AUGUGUUUGCUUUGGGGUCAGUGUUGCAAUGGCUACUUGGUUGACUGGAGGGACAUCGUGAUGGACUCGGAUGAGUUCAUGUAUGCAAGGAAAGGUGGAUCUAUUACUCGUCCUCCUUUACUGAAUGAUUCCAACUAUCCUUAUUGGAAGGUUAUGAUAAGAGCCUUUAUUAAAUCUCAAGAAGAAAAGGUGUGGAGAUCAAUCUUAAGCGGUUGGACACCUCCAUCUGAAUCAGAUGAUGUAACAAAGCUAAAAUCUGAACUUAACUGGACCGAUGCUAAAGAUAAAUUGUCUAGUUAUAACAACAAAGCCUUGCAUGCUAUCCUUAAUGGAUUUGGUGAAGGAUACAUAAAAUUAAUAUCCUCGUGUGAAUCUACCAAAGAAGCUUGGGAAAUCCUUCAAACUCAAUUUGAAGGAACUGCUGAUGUAAAACAUUCUAGGCUUAUUAUGCUAACUACUAGAUUUGAAAAUCUUAGAAUGAUAGAAACUGAGUCUCUCAUAGAAUUCUAUGAAAGACUGUUUCAAACAAAGCUCACAGCAAUUGAGGAGGCAAAAGAUCUCGAGACAAUGAAAGUAGAGGAGUUGAUGGGUUCAUUGCGAACGUUUGAACUCAAUCAACAAAUUCGUCAAAAGGAAAAACCAAGUGCUCUCAAAGAAAAAUCAGAUAAUAAAAGGGUUGUUUGUCUGAACAACAUAGUUCAGGAAGAUAAUUUUGAAUGUGAAUCCAGUGAGUCUGAUCUAGACGAGGACUCCCUAAAAGAAUCAUACAAAGAUAUGUAUGAUCAAUGGUUAAAGGAAAAUAAUGAUGAACUUGAAAACACUGUAAAGAAUCUUGAGGAUAAAGUUAUUGCAAAAGAUUGUGAAAUUAAGAUAUUAUCAAAUGAAAUUAACCACAUGGUAAAAGGUGUUAAAAUGCUUAAUUCAAAUUCCAGGAUCUUGGAUGAUGUUAUGGGUGCAGGACAAAAAGUUGGUACAUCUCAGACAGGUGAUUCUACAAAAGUCAAACCUGUUUCCACAUCUGUUAAACAAGCCAAUUUUCUCAAAAGAACUAAAACAGAUCGGGAAAAAUCAGACACGUUUGAUGCCUUCAAAAAUCUGUGCAUUAAAUUAAGAGUUGAAAAAGAUUGCAAUAUAGGUAAGAUUGUGAGAAUCAGAAGUGAUCAUGGUAUUUCCCAUGAGUUCUCAGCUCCCAAGACUCCUGAACAAAAUGGGGUUGUUGAGAGAAAAAAUAGAACCCUGCAGGAGAUGGCCAGAGUAAUGCUAAACAAAGAAAUUGAUAUGUUUAUUGCUGAAACCUCUCAGACAGAAUCUCCUGCAGUGACAAUAGGUGAUGUUGUGCCCUCUCAUAUAGAAACUGUUGCAACAGAAGCUGAAUCUGUUCCAACAUCAUCUGAUCGACCAACAAAGGAAGGGCAAGAAAUCAUCACAGAUUCAAUACAGAGAGAACCUUCUGCCAGAAUUAAAAAGAAUCAUCCUUCAGAUCUCAUUCUUGGUGAUAUUGAAGAAAGCAUGGUGACAAGAAAAAGGUAUGUGAAUUUGGUUCAAUUCGUUUGCUUUACAUCCAGCUUUGAACCAAAAAAUGUGAAAGAAGCCUUGAAUGACGAGUCAUGGAUAAAAGCAAUGCAAGAGGAGUUGGAACAAUUCACAAGAAAUGAGUCAGAAGAUGGAACCUUUAUUUCUCAAAGUAAGUAUGCAAAAAAUCUGGUCAAGAAAUUUGGGAUGGAGUCUGCUAAACAUGACAAAACACCAAGGGGAACCAUGGUCAAACUAACCAAGGAUGAAACUGGUGUUAAAGUAAAUCCAACAUUGUACAGAAGCAUGAUUGGAAGUCUUUUGUAUCUCACAGCUAGUCAUCCUGACAUUAGCUACAGUGUUGGGGUGUGUGCUUGA